AACACUGCAAUUGAGGCAAGAGACCAUUCAAAAGGCACUCCUAAAGAGGAAGACUUGAGUGGAGUCAACACCCAUUACUAUGCAUUUCAUAUUUAGCAAUUGAAGUCUGUCUUGUUUGUUGGAAGAAGAAUCAGAAAAAAUGGCGAACGUAGCAGUGGAAUUUCUGGUUGAGAACUUGAUGCAGUUGCUGCGGGACAACGUAGAGCUAAUUAGUGGAGUUAAAGAGGCUGCUGAGAGUCUACUUCAAGAUCUAAAUGAUUUCAAUGCUUUUCUUAAGCAAGCUGCCAAGUGUCACAUCAACGAGAACGAAGUUCUCAGAGAACUUGUUAAGAAAAUAAGAACAGUCGUUAACUCUGCUGAAGAUGCUAUUGAUAAAUUUGUUAUUGAAGCUAAGCUACACAAGGAUAAGGGUGUCACCAGAGUAUUAGAUCUUCCCCAUUAUAAAAGAGUCAGAGAGGUAGCUGGUGAGAUCAAAGCUAUACGAAACAAAGUCAGAGAGAUCCGACAGACUGAUGCCAUUGGACUUCAGGCCCUUCAAGAUGAUGAUUUAUCUGCUAGAGGUUCAGAAGAAAGAAAGCCUCCAGUGGUAGAGGAAGAUGACGUGGUUGGAUUUGACGAAGAAGCAGAUAUUGUAAUCAACCGCCUUCUUGGAGAAUCGAAUCGUCUAGAAGUUGUUCCGGUUGUUGGUAUGCCUGGUCUCGGCAAAACGACCCUAGCAAAUAAGAUUUACAAGCAUCCUAAAAUCGGGUAUGAGUUUUUUACUCGUAUUUGGGUUUAUGUGUCUCAAUCAUACAGGAGAAGAGAAUUAUUUCUCAACAUCAUCAGCAAAUUCACUCGAAAUACAAAACAAUAUCAUGGGAUGUGUGAGGAGGAUUUGGCUGAUGAAAUACAAGAAUUCUUGGGAAAGGGAGGAAAAUACUUGGUUGUGUUGGAUGAUGUAUGGUCGGAUGAAGCUUGGGAACGUAUCAAGAUAGCAUUCCCAAAUAACAACAAACCGAAUCGAGUAUUGUUGACCACUCGAGAUUCCAAAGUGGCUAAACAAUGCAAUCCCAUACCUCAUGAUCUAAAAUUUCUGACUGAAGAUGAAAGUUGGAUAUUACUGGAGAAGAAGGUUUUUCACAAGGACAAAUGUCCUCCUGAAUUGGUACCAUCUGGAAAGAGCAUAGCAAAAAAAUGCAAGGGACUACCACUUGCGAUUGUUGUUAUUGCAGGAGCACUAAUAGGGAAAGGCAAGACACCAAGAGAGUGGAAACAAGUGGAUGAUAGUGUUAGUGAACACCUCAUAAAUAGAGACCACCCUGAGAAUUGUAACAAACUGGUGCAAAUGAGUUAUGAUCGUUUACCUUACGACUUGAAAGCAUGCUUUUUAUAUUGUAGUGCAUUUCCUGGAGGCUUUCAAAUCCCUGCGUGGAAGUUAAUCCGUUUGUGGAUUGCGGAAGGAUUCAUACAGUAUAAAGGCCAUUUAUCUCUUGAGUGUAAAGGAGAGGACAACUUGAAUGAUCUCAUCAAUAGGAAUCUAGUGAUGGUAAUGGAAAGAACGUCUGAUGGUCAAAUCAAAACAUGUCGUCUUCAUGACAUGUUGCACGAGUUUUGCAGGCAAGAAGCUAUGAAGGAAGAAAAUCUUUUCCAAGAAAUAAAGUUAGGAUCUGAGCAAUAUUUUCCUGGAAAACGAGAACUAUCCACCUACCGUCGCUUAUGCAUUCAUUCCUCAGUUUUGGAUUUUUUCUCUACGAAACCUUCAGCUGAACAUGUCAGGUCAUUCUUAUCUUUUUCUUCGAAAAAGAUUGAGAUGCCAUCUGCUGACAUCCCAACCAUACCCAAAGGCUUUCCGUUGCUAAGGGUUUUGGAUGUAGAAUCAAUCAACUUCAGUCGCUUUUCCAGGGAGUUUUACCAGUUAUAUCAUUUGAGGUAUGUUGCUUUUUCAUCUGACUCAAUCAAGAUUCUUCCUAAACUCAUGGGAGAACUUUGGAACAUCCAAACCAUCAUAAUUAACACGCAACAACGCACUCUUGAUAUUCAAGCAAACAUAUGGAAUAUGGAACGACUAAGGCAUCUGCACACUAACUCUUCCGCUAAGUUGCCUGUCCCUGUUGCUCCAAAAAAUAGUAAGGUUACAUUGGUAAAUCAAAGCCUGCAAACUCUCUCCACCAUAGCUCCCGAAAGCUGCACCGAGGAAGUGUUUGCAAGGACUCCAAACCUGAAAAAGCUGGGCAUCCGUGGGAAAAUAUCUGUGCUUCUUGAUAAUAAGUCUGCUGCGUCGUUAAAAAAUGUGAAGAGGCUAGAAUACCUUGAAAACUUGAAGCUGAUAAAUGAUAGUAGCAUUCAAACAAGUAAGUUACGCCUUCCACCUGCAUACAUAUUUCCAACAAAGUUGAGGAAGCUGACUUUAUUAGACACUUGGUUGGAGUGGAAAGAUAUGUCUAUAUUGGGUCAGUUGGAACACCUUGAAGUCCUGAAGAUGAAAGAAAAUGGGUUUUCGGGAGAGUCCUGGGAGUCUACUGGUGGUUUUUGUUCCCUACUGGUGUUGUGGAUUGAAAGGACAAACUUAGUUUCAUGGAAAGCAUCAGCUGAUGAUUUUCCAAGACUUAAGCAUCUCGUUCUCAUCUGCUGUGAUAAUCUUAAGGAAGUCCCCAUCGCCCUAGCUGAUAUACGCAGUUUCCAAGUCAUGAUGUUGCAAAAUUCCACCAAAACAGCAGCAAUAUCUGCACGUCAAAUACAAGCCAAAAAAGACAAUCAAACUCAACAAGGGACUAAAAACAUUGCCUUCAAGCUUUCCAUAUUCCCUCCUGAUCUCUGAUUGUGUGCACUUCUCCUUCACAGGUCCUCAAUGAAUCACAUUGCAUGAGGGCUGGUACCCUAGCUUGGAUAAAGAAACAGCCUAUAUCUAUCUAGUGUUUCAUAAUUCUUGAGUCAAUGUCAGUUUUUCAUGGUUGUUGUCUUCUUGAUUGUGGCCAUAGCCUGUAUGUUCUUGAUUUUGUGGUAUGUUAAUCUGUAUGAACAAUGUAUUUUGUACUUACAAUAAGAGUUGAUCUAUUGUGUAGUCUUUGGCUUCAGAGCUGUCACUUGUGUAAUAUUGUAAGAAAUUAUAUCCAUGGAGGUUCUAGGCUUGGA